UGGACCCCGGUGUAUGUUUGCGUUCCUCAGUGAUCACAAACCACCCCGCAAAAAUUAUCUUCAGCAUAACCACUCAAUUACCUAAACAAAAAUAACCACAAACGGAUAAUCUCAGCGUUCUGCCCCCACGCCCUCCCCCCCCGAAUAAAAAAAAUCGGUGGCAGGUUAAAUUUCCAAAGUGACAAGCCCCCGAUUCCCAACUUCCCAAAAUUCCCAAAUAAAAAAUGGAAAAUCCAGAGGAAGUGCUCCAAGCUCUGGACGAAUUCCAGAAGCUGCGUCCUUCAGAAAUUCCCCGCGAACUCGAGGACUAUUUGUGUUUCGUGGCAAAAACAGGUGAUCCAGUGUACCAAUGGUCCUUGAUAAAGCCCUUAUUCCGUGAAAAAUUGGUACGAGUUAUGACAGACUUCUACGAGAGCUGUCCAACGCUGGAUCUCGCGGCAAGUCCCAACAUCGAGCAAUUCAACUACGACAGCAUGAAAGGAAAUCUUCUGGAUCUAUUGGAGUCCUUUGCAAAUGCACCAUUUACAGUCCAGAGGAUUUGUGAGCUGUUGACGUCCCCGAGAAAGGAGUACAACAGAGUGGACAAGUUCAUGAGGGCGAUUGAGAAGAAUAUUCUUGUGGUGUCGACUAGAGAACCAGGACCAGCAGCUCGUAGAAGUGAGAAUGGUGACAGUAUGAUAAAUGGAUCGAUGGAUGAGGAGAGUUCAGCGACACAUCAUGAGGUGGAGAUGGAGUCAUGGGUGAAGGAUUGCACAGGUGAUGUGCCAGAGGAAGCAGAUCCCAAGAGGAGUGAGGAGUCUGUCAUUCAGGAGAAACAAGAGCCACGAGGGAACCUAAAUAACUUCAGUGAUACAUCAGGCACAUUAAGUUCGAGCCAACACGAGCCAACGUUGUGUAGUAAUCCACAGAAUGCUGUGCCUGAUGUAUCUGGUAUCGUUGGAGACGUUCCAGAAGCUAUUAUGAAUGAGGAUACUAGUUCUCAACCUAGUUUGGAUUCCGAGAGUGAUGACAGCGAUCUGAGUAACUCGAGAAAAUUGACGUUUCAGUCCAGAGAUUUUGGCAAGGACAAGCCUGAGGAGAGGAUUGAGGAGAGAGAUGAGGAGAGGGCUGGGGUUAGGGAUGACGAUAAGGCUGAUGAGAAAGAUGAGAAGGAUGAGGAGAAAGCCACGGGCGAGGAUGAAAAGCCACUGGAGGAAGUGCACAAGGUGGAGCAGGGUAAAUUAAAUUUUGGUGGGCAUCAGCAUCCAGAUUUAUCCAUCGAUGAUCCCAUCCUUGAGAAACGAGCGAGACUGGACGAUGGGACGAGUUCAGAGACUGAUUCUAGGGAGUCUGUUGUUAUCGAUUCGUCAGAGAUGAGGGCAGCGUCUCCUGGGGUAAAGGGGGAUCCCUUGAACAGCUGCGAAGGAGGUGAUGAUAAAUCUGAAGGUGAGGCGCCGGUGGCUGAGCCCCAGGUCUUAUCUGGCGAGGAAAAUGAUGCAGAACCCGAACCUGAGGUGCCAGAGGUAGAGCGAAAUCACGAGGGCAUUGAGACGGAUUUCCAGGAGCUUCCAGAGCAUCACAUCAAGGGGACCAAUUCCACAGAGCCUGAGGUUAUUACUGAGAGUAAAAAGGAUGAGCAGAGUGAACAAGAGACUGUUGAACCUAUUGUGGAGGAACCAACGAUUGAGGAACCUGAACGCGAUGAAGAGGCUGAGGAGACUGGAGGUGUUGUCAUCCAGGAGGCUAUGGAUGAUGAUACCAAAAGUGGAAAUACUAUGGUGCCAGAUCCUAUUCCAAUUAUCGAGGAGCCCAAAGAGGAGAGUUUCGUUACCAGUACUGAGGAGACCUCCAUCGCUGAAAUCGUCGAGGCCAAGAGUCCUGUGAUUGGCGAAAGUGACAAUGAAGUCGGCACGAGUAAAGAGGGUCUUGUGGAUGUCGAGGAGCUCUGCGAACCCCUUCAGCAGGACAAUAUCGAUGAUGUAUCGGUUGUUGAGAGAGCGAACGAGGAGGAAAAGGAAGUCGCUGUGUCCAUGGACGUCGACAGUGAGGAUGCGAUGCCAAUUAUUCAGCAGGACGAACCCAUGGAGGAGGAGUCUGGGGAUCAACUCAAGAGUUAAUGUAACAUAUUCAUAUUUAUUCGUGGAACUAUCAUUCUCUCUCUGAUGACUUGAAUUCUGGGUUUCAUAUCGGAAUUGAUGACUGGUUUAAUUUUUUUUUUCUCGAUUUUUGAAAGUGAUUAUUUUGUGGGAGGUCAUUGUCAUGAUUAGUGUGUUUAGGGGAGUAGUGGAGUGCUUGAGGUGCUGGAAAAUUUGAGGUAGAGAAAAGCAGGGGAUGAUAAUUGAUAAUGCCUCCACCACUUCCUCAUUGAAUCCAUUAUUUAAUUAGUCGUUUCUUCGAGUAGAUGUUUUUGAAAUUAUUUCUUGAAUCAUUAAUUUGACAUGUGCUCCAAUCACUGAGAUAUCUGCGAUUAAGUGUAAAUUACGAAAUGAGGACAGAUGAAGAUUUGUG